AUGGCAAGAUAUUGGAGGCAUGGACAUAAUGUGAUCGUUUCCAUCCUUGCUGUAAUCCUCUGUUUCUCCCAGCAAACAGUGAGUUUUUCUAUACAACUGAAUCAUCGGGCUUCCGCAGUAUCCGUUCGACGAAUAACAAAGGUCUUCACAUCUCUACAUGCGCGUCACAAACAAUUGGAUCAUGGCCACCGUGACGAUGAAGAAACUUCCCCAUCAUCAAUACUAUCUGGCAAUCCGAGGUCAUCUUCUUCCAAGUUGAAAUCAUUGGUGGAAAGUGCUGUGCAAAGCAUCAUAGGUGACCAAGACUACCUCUUUGGCGACUACACAAAGAAAAGACUAAGCGACUUGACAGGGAAAGACUACAACUCCUCAAAUGCAACCUAUGAAAUUGGAGAGAUCACGAGCGACAUUGUCAGCCAUACAGGAGGUGUCAUCUUAGGAAAUGACCAGUACCGAUUCGGAGACCUUACAUCUCGAGCAAUUCGCGGCGCAGAGGUUUCGCUUCACACCUGGAAAGGCCGAACGCUGGAUCCCGUGCAUCUCUACAAUCAAUACAUGGACCAGUUCACUCCCGAUCAGCGAAAUAUUUUGAUAGUGGCAUUCAUUAGACUUCUCGCCAUUGCCUUGGUGACGUGGGGAUUCUAUGGAAAUCUUGCGACGUCCUUGUACUUCUGUGGUGGAUGGCUCCAGACUUGUGUUACAGCACCACCGACCGAUCUGAUGUUGAAACAACAUCAUACCCUGAUUGGACUCUCGAAAGCCUUUUGGAAAGCAAAUUCGCCACUUAUAAUACGGAACUUUAUCAAAGUUCGGCUUGUUUUUGCACCUUUGAUGCUGAUCCUCCAAGGGGCAGCCACGGUGUUCUCAGUCCUUCCAAUGGAGAAGUUCGUAACCUUUAUGGAACGAAAGUGGAUCCCAAAGGGAAUUCAAAGUCGAUUUCCAGUGUGGACCCAUGGGAUAGCACUCGUUCUCCUAUUUGCAAUUGGAAUUGUCAUACUUUCACUGGUAUCAAGUAUUGGGGUUGCAACGGGAACAACACUCGCCUACCUUUUCAAAUGGCAAAUAUAA